AUGCAAGCGGCUUCUUCAACUCCCUGUCUGAGCUUCCCAUCCAACUCUGAGGUUAAGACCCGCUUGAUAUACCGUCUGCGGGGAAACAAUACGAUCAAUCUUACCAGCUCUUUUUCCCUCUUCUAUUCAUAUCUCUCUAUCUAUUUUCUAUCUAUCUUUCUAUCUAUCUAUCCCAGUCUGUUCAUAUCGAUCUGCCUGUUUAUAUCUAUCUAUCUAUCUAUCUAUCUAUCUAUCUAUCUAUGUCCAUUUCGUUCUUUCUUUCUUUCUAUCUAUCGCAGUCUGUUUAUAUCUAUCUAUCUAUCUAUCUAUCUAUCUAUCUAUCUCGGUCUUUUGAUUUCUACCUAUCUAUCUACCUAUCUGGUGCAGUCAGGAACUGAGAGGACAACCGACCGCCGAAUGCAGAAGUACGUUACCGCACACCAGCAUCUAUCGUUAUCUAUCUGUUAUGCACACCUCGUAUCCGUAUAUAUCAAUUUUGUUUAUAUCUAUCUAUCUAUCUAUCUAUCUAUCUAUCUAUCUAUCUAUCACAGUCUGUUCAUGUGCAUCUAUCUCAGCAUGUUAAUAUCUAUCUAUCUAUCUAUCUAUCUAUCUAUCUAUCUAUCUAAGUCUGUUCAUAUCUAUAUAUCUAUCUAUCUCAGUCUGUUCAUUUGCAUCUAUCUCUGCAUGUUCAUAUCUAUCUAUCUAUAUAUUUAUCUAUCUAUCUAUGUGUUUUCAUAUCUGUUUAUCUAUCUAUCUGCUUGUUUAUGUAUAUCUAACAUGUUUGUAUCUAUCUAUCUAUCUAUCUAUCUAUCUAUCUAUCUAUCUCAUUUGUUCUUAUCUAUCUAUCUUCUAUCUCAGUUUGUUCAUUAUCUAUCUAUCUAUCUAUCUAUCUAUCUAUCUAUCUAUCUAUCUCAGUUUGUUCAUUAUCUAUCUAUCUAUCUAUCUAUCUAUCUAUCUAUCUAUCUAAGUCUGUUCAUAUCUAUCUAUCUAUGUCAGUCUGUUCAUUUGCAUCUAUCUCUGCAUGUUCAUAUCUAUCUAUCUAUCUAUCUCAUUCGGCUCAUAUCUAUCUGCUUAUGGAUAUCUAUCUAUCUAUCUAUCUAUCUAUCUGUGUUCAUAUCUAUCUAUCUAUCUAUCUAUUUGUUUGUUUAUGUAUAUCUAUCUAAGUCUGUAUUUAUCUAUCUAUCUAUCUCAUUCUGUUCAUUUGCAUAUAUCUCAGCAUGUUCAUAUCUAUCUAUGUAUCUAUCUAUCUAUCUACAUAACUUUCCACCUAAUCGUUCUCUUCCUUCAUUUUCUCCUCUUUCUUUCACAUUUUUAUUUUCUCUUUCGUUCGCAUUUUUAUUUUCUCUUUCUUUCACAUUUUCAUUUUCUCUUUCUUUCACAUUUUUGUGUUCUCUUUCUUUCGCGUUUUUGUGUUCUCUUUCUUGUUUUUUGUGUUCUUUCUUUUGCAUUUUUGUGUUCUCUUUCACGUUUUCGUGUUCGCUUUCUUUCACAUUUUUGUGUUCUUUCUUUCACAUUUUUGUGUUCUCUUCCUUUCACGUUUUUGUGUUCUCUUUCUUUUUUCGCGUUUUUGUGAUCUCAUUCUUGUUUUUUUUGUGUUCUUUCUUUCGCAUUGUUGUGUUCUCAUCUGCAUAUCUGUUCUGCUUCUUUCACAUUUUCGUGUUCGCUUUCUUUCACAUUUUCGUGUUCGCUUUCUUUCACAUUUUUGUGUUCUCUUUCUUUCACGUUUUUGUGUUCUCUUUCUUUCACGUUUUUGUGUUCUCAUACACGUUUUUUGCGUUCUUUCUUUCGCAUUUUUGUGUUCUCAUCCACCCUUUUCGUGUUCUCUUUCUUUCACAUUUUUGUGUUCUCUUCAUUCAUUAA